UGAGGUUUGGUUGCCCCACAUCUGUUGCUAGUUAUAUCAUCUGCACUACAAGAUGUCCUUUUUGAUGAUGUCAUCAUCAUCAGCAUCAUCUUCUUGUUGCAGAAAAUUUCCAUCAGGUAAAGAUGAAUGCAGCAGUGUCUAUUGCCCACAUGGUAAUAGAGGGAACUGGAUUACUGAGAAUCUUUACUGUUUCUCCAUUAACUGAAACAAAUCUUUAUUUGUAAUCUUUAUUUGGAGGCAAAUGGAGCAGAAUUAAUCAUUUGGAUUGCUUGAGAGAAUAUUUAUAGUGUUUAGCAAAUAUAUAAUUGAGAUAAGAGACUUUUCGGCACUGCUUCUCUUUUGCUUUUAGUUGUAGCAAUUUUAGCAGAAAGUGCGAUAAGUAGAAAUGUAGAAAGAUUAGAUAUUCAGGCUAAAAAAUAAUAACUUUACUUAUGCACUUGUAAAUUUGAUACAAAAAAUUAUUACAGUUAAUAUAUAUAUAAUAUUAUGUUAAAAACUGUUCAAACAAAUAAUAUUUUAUCAUACAAUUUUAAAUACAGGGCCCCAAUGAUAUGGUAAAAAAGAAAAUUCCAAUCCUGCAACUGUUCAACAUCAUAGAAUUUCUACAUUGUGAGAGUGCUUGUUGGGAAGUGAAGCAAAGUAGCAAACUGAGUGUCAUCAAUAUCUAUCAGACAAUAAAUGGGAACCUUGUUCCAUAUAAACCAGAGCACAUGCUCUCAAGUUUCAAUGGAGUCAUUUGCUGUUGCAAUUUGCAGAGAUUAAAUGUCUCUCUCUCUUUCUCUCUCUCACUGCCUUAGCUGGAAACCUCUGCUGAGCUCUGCAGCCAAGGGAGUCUAUAGAUUACUCUCUCUCUCUCUCUCUCUCUCUAAAAUCAUAUAAAAGCCUAUGGGGAGAGAAGGGUUUAGAGUGGAAAAGGGCUUUUGCUUGUGGUUGAAACAACAAAAAAAUAGAAGAGGAGCAGAUAGGAGUGGACUAAUCAUAGGGUGGUAAAAGUGAGUUGAGUUGACAGGAACUGCCACUGCUUGCAAAGGGAGUAGCAGCAGCAAGAAGAAAAGGAAGGUACAACAAGCAAAAGACCAUCCUACAUUUCAACAAGCCCAAAGAAGCUAGAGAUAGAGAGAGCAAGAGAGAUAAAGAGUAUUAAGCCAGGAGUAUAUAGUGUGAAUCAGCAACAACAAUCAUUUACUUGUAAUCACUCUCCCUCCAUCUGUAGUAUAUCUUACUACCAUAUUCACCAUCAUGUGGGUUGGGUAUUUUGGGCCACACAGGAGAGUAUGGCUCCUCCUGCUGCUGCUUCUCAGCAGUGUGCUUUUCUUGGUCACAGAAGCUACAGUAAGAAGGCUUUCCACACAUGGAUCUCAAGGCCAACUACAAACACUGCUCCAUGCCAGUUUGGAAUCAUCAAAGGAGUUGGUAGGAGGGGAGAGACAUCCAGGUUCGGUUAAUGGGGGUGAGAUCGAGGAAUCGAGCACAUUGGGUUCAAGGCCCCCGAGUUGCGAGCACAAAUGCGGCGGGUGCGUGCCGUGCUUGGCCAUUCAGGUUCCGACCGCCAUGGACCGAAUCGAAUUGCACUACUCCAAUUACGAGCCCGAGGGUUGGAAAUGCAAAUGUGGCUCCACCUUCUUUAACCCUUAAGAUUUUGAGCGGUGUGAGUCUGAUAGACCCUUACAGGCUCAAUGUAGUAGUGCUCGUCCUAGCUAAUGCACCCCUUUUUGCAUCAAUUUUGAUCGCUUACUUAGUUUAUAAAUCCUGAGUAAUUUUUCUCUUAGUAGGAGUGUUGAGAAUUGAGUGAGCUUAUCAUUAGAAGAAGGAAACUUUUUGAUGUGUAGAAAAAAAGAGAGUAAAAUUGCUGUAUUCUAAUGCAGCUGUUGGGGACCCCUCUUUACUGUGAAAAAGUUUGUUAUUGCAUUAAGUUUGAUGUGCAGCUGAAUAA